AUGACCUUAGUCCCCACCGUCCUGCAAACCCCCAACUCGCCGUUGUAUCGGCGGCGCCGGCGACAGAGCACGUUCAGCUACGGGAAACCCGACCGACCCGCCACCCCGCCCAUUCCGACGCUGACGCUUCAGCGCGGGCGGACCCAGUCCAGUGCGGCGUCGGCGGCGGCGGCGGGCGGGGCGGUCCGGGUCGUGUGGGACAAGUCGGGCACGUGCACGGUGCGCGCCCUGCCCAACGGGUCGGUGGCCAAUUGCGUGAGCACGAACACGGCGGCGACAGGCAUGACGCUGGGCUCGCUGCCCGCAGAGGCGGGCCAAACCCAGGACGCGCGCUCCGCUGGUCAUACGAGCGCGAUUGCCAAUAACUCUACCACCGUGGCGGCGUUCAAUCCUCCAGUGUUUCAACGCAAAACAACACUACCUACGGGUGGCCUGCCACUGUCGACUAUUUCCACGAGCUUUAGUGGCUCGAUUGCACCGAAUUGCUCCAUACCGAGCGGUCCGUCCAACUUCCCGGUGAUCGCUCAAGGCUACAGCAACACCUCAACCCAGGUCCUCGGAUUUCCCGGUCUUUCGUCGGCCAGUCCCAGCUUCAACGCAUUAAACCAAUGCACAUGUAAUGCGAUGACCGCCUACUCAUCCUACUCCACGCUCACGACGCCCAAUCCGGCUAAGCCGCAUCUGGUCGACCCCACCAUGUACCCGUCGCGUGCUCCGUCCGCGAUGAGUGCGUUGGCGGGCGGGGCGCGCUCAGUGCAUCCGGCCACCACGCCGCCACCAUGCCCACUGCAUUCGGAGCCCCAGAGGCGUUUCAGCAUGUCCGCGCAACAGUUGGGGCAGAGCCGGUUCCGGCACAAAAUCGGCUCCUAUUGGCGCAGCUUCGAACUGUACACGGACAUACCGAAGGCGGAGAUGACGCGCACUUCGUCCAUGAUUCGGAAGCGAUUGGCAAUGCUGGAGAGUUUCGACGCGAUAAAAGGUUAAGAGGGCUCUUUGCACUGUCCAAUUUUUAGGGAAUAUUCUGUCUUUUUCUCAGACUGUUUGGAAAAUAAUGCGGAUUUGUUGCAGCAAAGGUUCGCCUGGCCGCAAUAGCGCAUCAAAUCCCCAUCUGCGGCAAACCGUUGCAAAACGAUGAUGGGCGAUUUAAAGGCGCAAAAAAUCCACAUUAUUUUCCCGACAAACUGAUAUCAGUCUGUCGGGAAAAUAAUGAGCACAAUGUCGCUGCCUCACUCACAUUGUAGCAGUGAAAAAAAUUCAAUUUUGUCGCGACACAAGUUUAUUUUCGAUGCGACAAUGACCACAUUAUUUUCCCGGCGGGCUGAUAAUUUUCUAUGAUGCUAUAUUCAUAGUCCUAAAUUUCGGAUAACCACGCCACUCCGGCCUGCCAACAACAUCAUUCCAAGUUUUUGAUUCUUUAUUUUUUUCCUUGACCCCCUGGCCGUUGGCCUUUGUUCUGCGAUUAAUUUAGCCUUCUCUAAUCCCCGGAGGGAGCUUAUAACUUGUAAUAUUGGUAACUCUCUAAUGCGACCUGCUUCCGGCGCUGAGAACGGAGUUGUUUUGCAUGCGCUAACGGGUCAAUAGGGAGGUAAUUUACGGCCCAACAAUAAGUGGGACUUUUUGGGCAAUUAGUAGGACUUGUUUGAGCGGCGACCCCAACAGACUCAUAAAACUGUAAUACGCAGAUAUAGUUCGAUUCAUGCAAAAAUUUAACGGUUUUUUUUUAUCUUUUAAGAAUCUUCAGAAAUUGCUGAGUAAACAAGCUGUUGAAUAGCCGUUUUUUUUUUUGGCUCUUAACACGGUUAAUUUGGCAGUUUCUCGAGAAUCCCGUUAAUUUUAGCCUGAUAACCAAAAAAAAUAUUUUUCUUUCGACCACUGUGGCCUGGAUUUUUUGUUCUGGAGGGUAAAAAAUUCUUGACAUGUUUUCGCACAGUGCGGUGGGCGUUGCGAAGUGGCUUAACGCGACAAACCAUCUGCACGGUGCGAAUGAAAAACGCACUGUGCAGUUUCGACAUAAGCUUUGAUCGCGUUUUCCAAAAGCAUUCAUUUUGCACUGUGCAUGGUCGGCGUGCACCGUGUAUUGCACACAUUGCGACAAGUUUUUCGGGCGAUGGCGCACUGUGCAAACAUUUUUGACAUGUCUGCACAGUGCGCCGUCGUGCAAACAACUUGUCGCGCCGCGACAAGCAAAAUUCACGGUGCACUGCGACUCCGCACACUGCAAAAAGAUUGUUUUGAAAAAGGUAAACAACGCACAGUGCGCUCUUCUUUCGCACCCCGCCAAAUCUUUAUCGCGCGACACCUUGUCGCAACACCGAAUUCAUGCGCCCGCACGGUGCAAAAACAGGUCAAGAGUUUUUGGCCCGUCCGGUUCUUACGCCAGCAAACUCAUGAUGCAAAAAUAGUCGAAAAAAAAAUCGGAAGUCCUAAACUCGACCAAUUUUUUAUUUGAUUCUUUUCCGGAGAUUUAUUGGACACGCAAAUUGGCCAAAUUCGCAAAAUGCCCUGAGGGUAAAUAGAAAAAAUUCAAAGAACAGACUUGUCAUGUCUGAAUUUCUGGAAAAUGGGAAAAAAUAGCAAAAAAAUUUUUUUAACGACGCUAAUAUCCGCCUUUUUGCAGAGGAAAAGUCCAAUGGCGAUGUGCGCUUCGAUGUGAGCGAUGCGGACGGAAACCCGCACAAGAGGUCCGCCGCGCAGACAAAGAGCAUCCGUCGGAGACAGAGUGGCUACGGUAUCACCAUCACAAGGUGGGUUUGCAAAUUUUUUUUCCCGAAAUCUUUCUUUAGUAGCAGUAAAAAUGUACAGUGUAAAGUUAUUGAAAGAUGUAAAAAGUAAUUGUAAAAGUAAAAAGUUUAAAGGGCAAGUUACUUCCGUGCUUGCAAAAUUUGAGUUUUGUAGUGCAAACGACCAUUGAUGACGUAGGAAUUUUUUUAUUUUGCGGUUUACCGUCAAAGGUAGGGCGCAAGCUGCCAAACAAAAGGUGUGUAAAAAAGAAGGAUUAACGCACAAAAAAAUGUCUUUGGGACCAGUUGCACAAGUUUUAAGUGUUAAAAUGUCAUUUUGCCCAAAAAUUGAUUGAAAUCCAUGAUUUUCCGCUAACACCUGGGCGCAGACUACCAACUCAAAAAUAAACAGGAAUUAUAUCUCAAAGGUCAAAUUAAAAUUUUUAAGUAUGUUUUUAUGUCUAGCAUUUAUAAUUUGAUCAUCUUGCACCUGUUUGAACCUAAUUUUACGUCAAACCUAGGGCGCAGUUCGCCAAUCUAAAAAAUCCGCCAUUUAGCCUGAAACUCAUUUCAAAGUAAUCAGAAACGACAAAGAAGAUGAAAUACAUGUCUCUUGACACUACCACAUCAAAAAAAUUUGCAAUUUUUUAAUUUUCUUUGUGAAGAACAACUUUUUUUUCCUUCUAAUGUUCUUUGAUGCGCCCAAUUCAAGUAUUCAUGAAGCGACUUGUUAAUCUUAUUUAUGAAAAAAGUACAGCCAAGAAAGGAAAUUUAUUUUCGCAAAAAUUAGAGGCUAACUUUCCGAAGCAGGUGCGAAUUAUUUUUAGUUUAGGGAUUUUUUGUUUUUUUAGGAUUUCGAGUUUGCUUACUUUUUGUUUUUUGAAAGUAAUCUUUGUCUGGCUGGAAGAUAAUUUGAGUUAAAGGGGAUAUUUAGGAUAUUUAGAACCCUUUGGUGGUUUCGGUUUUAUCUCUUGAGAUUUAAUUUGCUCGAAAAAAGUUUUUUUUUGGCUUGAAAUGAGCCAAAUAGAAUUUAGGGUCGAGUUUGAGAGUUGACUCGUUUUUGAGUCGUAUCUGGGGGUUGGAUAAAAAGUGCGGGGGUUUUUAGAGACUAGAAGGAGCAUGGGAUCUAAAUAUAUCGUUUUUUUACUCAGAAACUUUUGACUGAAAAUCACAAAAUAAUUUUUUUUAAGUUUGUCAUUAUCAACCCAGAAAUUCCUCUAAAAAUUUAAAAUUCCAUGACGAACCCGCAUUCAGUGUAGACCCUUGUUUUUCCUCUGCAAAACAAAUCAAAUUCUCAUCAAUUACCCGCAAUGAUUUAUUUAUCAUACCGAGAUAUCAUAAAACUUUAAUGAAAACGUCGAAUUUCUCAAGUGACGAUUACUCUUUAUCUCUUAUGUAAUCAAAUUAUUCAAAUUCCAUUAUUUUCCGGGAAAUUCAAAAAAUUUGUGAAAUUUUUCAAUUUUCGCCGAAGCCAGGUGAUUUUGAAGGGAUGGCUUUGUGGGCUUAACAUCUGGCCAGGAAAGCGUUCUAAUGAAACAUGUCUGGAGGGUGGGAGGCACACGUAAUUGGGGAUUAGGGACAAUAGGGAGGGCAUAAAUUGGCCAAUGCUUUUGAAUUUUAUCAUGUCGGAAAAAAGUACUCAAUCGAAAUGAUGACUUUUUUUGUCAUUUUGCAAAAAAAAUAAUGGUGCUGUUGACUAUAUUUUGACUUAUUUUUGAUGGAUUUUGUAGUUUUUCGUUAUUGUAAUGCUCUUGGGAAAACAAAAUGUAAUCAAAUUUUUGCAAUUUUUCGAAAUUUUUUUAAAAAUACUACAGAUUUUUUUUGUAAAUUUUUUAAUGAAACUGGUCACUAUACAGUUUGAAGUUUUCGAAAACCAAAUUUCGAUUUAAAUUGUAAUAACACCCACUUCCGGUUCAAACGUUUCCCUCAUUUAUCCAUACGUCUUUUCCUCGUCAUUUCCAAUAGUUCCUCGGAACUUUCCGAGCUUCUGAAGUCAUUCCAGGUCAUCUUUCCGUGGAAUUCGGGCUUUAGCUCAUCUCAAACUCAAUUUCCCUUCAUUUCCGUUGUGGCACAUCUUUCUCCCGUUUUUUGGUGACUAAUCCUUUGGAUUAGAGUAAUUACAAGUGCUUGUCUUUAGGUACUAGUGUUCAUUUUCGGUUAUUACCCAGUCGUCCUUAGUUUUUGAGUACAUUCAACGGUGGUGCGGGCAAUAUAUAGCUUUUGUUUGAUUGUCAAUAUUUUUCUCCGUUUUCUUGCUUUGAUUUGAUUAUACGGGAUUUUUCUCUCCGAAGAGGGAAGUAAAGCGGAUUUUCGAGAUCUCCGGCUAAGCAAACUGAGGGAUUAGGGGUUAGAAUAUAAGGUAAAAUACGUUCUGCCAAUCGUCACCACAGUUUGGAAUUUCAAUUUUUCAACUUUUUUCUUGUGGCUGACUCUAAAUUCAAAAAAAGUUUUGUAAAAAUCUCAGGGAACCAUCACUAUUUUUUAAAUUUAUUUUUGCCUUGGUCCCCCCUUACCAUUCAUUUUUUCCAAAAAAUCCAAAAAUUUUUUUUCGACUUUGAAAUAUUACUAAACGGCUCAAUUUCAAAAUCAUAUUAUACCCUCAAUGAAGUAACACUCAUCUUACGUGUGGUCUGCCCCUGGGAUUUGCGUGUUCGGCCUCCAAUUUCUGGCUCUCUUAGCUUUCAGCUGUCCGGUCUAAUAAAAUGAAUCCUGCCCUUUUAGAGGAAGGCCGUCAAGUGUUAGGAUGAAGACAAAAAAACCCGAAAACACUAAAAAAACUUGUGUUCUUGGCGAUUUUAUUUUCGUUAAAAUGGCUUUUCUGUCGAGGGGUUUUUGAGUUCUCGAAAAAAAUUAUUUUUUUUUUUUGAUUUUUGAGGCUAAUUUUUAGCUAGCCCGAAGGUUAAAAAGCUCUUUUUUUACGUGACUUUAAAGCCUUUGCAAUUAUGUAGCAGCCAGUGACGUGACGCUUGUUGAAGGAGGCCUCAAAUUGUAGCCUUUCAUAAGCCUUUUAUAAGCAUGUUUGGCGAAUCUGGGAAGUGACUUUAUUCCCAUUCUAAGCAUGGCAAUUCAACAGACAAAAGGCUCAAAAAUUAAAACUCUCCUUUCCCUUUUACAAAGCUUUUAUUUUCGCCGUUGUAAUGACCCUUUCCUCUCGAAUAUUAUGUAUGUAGAAAAGAGGCAGUGCUAUCACAUUUCCUUCAAUUUUUGUAGGAUUUUGUGGGCGUUGAACCGGUCUUAAUUGCCGACGGAUUCAUUGUUUACAUAUGUCGGGCUAAGAUCCAUCUCGCAAGGGAAAUUCAAGCCUGCAAAAAACUUGACUCCGAGUUUCUGAGGGGCCGCACCGUGCAAGCAAAAACCCUUAUUUUGCACUGUGCGGUUGACAUCUUGCACCGUGCGACCGAGAUAUCGCCGCGACGCAAGUUUUUUUCAAUUCUGCGUUGUCGCGAAUUUUUACGAGCGCGACAGGCAAUUGCACAGUGCAGAAAAGUUCAAAAGGCUCGCGCACCGUGCAAAAAGAGGCAAAAAAUUUUUUGCGGCGCACAGUGCAUUUUUCCGCUUUUUGCACUGUGCAUUCUGUCGCGCUCGAAGAAUUCGCGGCGCACAGUGCAUUUUGCCGCUUUUUGCACAGUGCAAUGUCUGUCGCGUUCGUGCAGUUUGCAGCGACAAGCUUCAAAAGCCUUGCGUCGCGGCGAUUUUUUGAUCGCACGUUGCAAAAGGUCAACUGCACGGUGCGGGAACCCUGCGACAAAAGUCUCAUUUUUGACGAAGCGUAGUGCGCCAAGCUUUAUCAAAAUCCGACUUGUAUCCCUCCGGCAAUUUCUCUGUCUUCCAAAUUUAGCCCUUUGAAAGUUACGAUAAAAAAUAGCUAUCCAUCUUCUCUCUUCUCCACCUCCCAAUCUACUCUUUGAUCACCGCAAUUUACCCCAUGUUUUUGAUGGAAUUCCCAAUGAGUUUGAACUGUCUAUGGCACUCCAAUAUUCAUGUGUUUAUAAGCUGGAAGCCAGCUGUUAACCUUGAUGUGGAUUUGGUAUGCAUAAGUAGGGGGAGGUUAGAAAAUGCAUUGAAACUUUAGGCGGGGUGCUGGAAGGUGAUGGGUAAAUUAUGGUACUUUUCGGGUUCUUCCGACUUUAUAAACUGGAAAAAGGGGGUAAGAAAAAAGUAUUCUGCUUUCAGUAGUAUACCUUUUCAUCAUAUUGUAUCAGAGAAAAUACCCCAAGUAAAACGCUCAGACUCUUAUGAGACAUGGCCCAUAUUUUGACUAGUUUUUUUCUUCGACUUGUAGGUGAAAAUCGCAGCUUGUGCUUAGCAGAAACGACAGAGAUUUUUAGGUCGAAAGUUGACGAAAAUUUGCCACUUUUUUACCUUCCAUAAAUAGAUUUGUUAUAUUUUAUUCAUUAAUCCUUUAUAAAUUACACAUAAAUAUGUAUGAUAUAACCAAAUCCUUCUAUUUAUCGUGGAAAAAUCUUCCAAGAACUUUGGUUUCCCAUGAAUUUUUCUUCAGAGAACACGCUCAAAGCGCCACCCUAUUUCAGUGAAGUUUGGGUCAAAUUUAGGUUGAUUUUUUCUAAGAUUUAUUCAAGACUUUCUAAGACUUAUGCUGGCUCGCGCACUGCAAGAACAACUGAGAUUUUGAACCCAAAAGUUGACGAAAAUUUUACUUUUUUUUGCGAAGAUAUCCAUCAGUAAUUAACACCUUGUUUUUAUCGGAGAAGGCAACUUUUCUGCAAGAAAUAAAUUGUCAUCACGCAAAGUUUGUGGAGAUAUGGCAAAAAGCGUUUUUUUUCUCUGACUGCUCUCCGAAUUUGGCGUUCUCUCUCGUCGACGGAGAACGUUGAAUAUCUUAGCUACCCUUGCAAAACGCAGGCUAAAAUUUUCAGGAAUUCAUACGCGACCUAUGCAAAACUUAUUUGCAAAACUUCAAAAAAAUCUGAAAGUUCCAUUCCAAUCUAAAAUUAGUUGUUAUCGUCAAAAAUUCAAUUAACUUUCUCACUUUUCGUCACAUUCCUUCUCCUCCGAUUUUCGCAGAGAAAACUGUAAACAAUCAAUUACCAUGUAAAUGGCCGCAAAUCUCUUUAUUCCCCUCCAAUGUUAUAUAAUGACAUGGCUUGACGUGUCGAAUACAUUUGUAGGCGACCAGAGAGUAGAAGCGAUGUCUUUACGGUGUUUUCGGAUGACUCAAACGUUUUAUUUGUCACUUCCUGACAAGGUGUUUGUUCAUAUCCGCGAAAAUACUAAGGGAUAUUUGAAGAAUAAUGAUAAAUUUGCGGGAGAUUAGAGGAUAGGGAGAAGGGGGAGGGUUUAGAAGGUAUUUAGACUUGUUUUUCAUAUGUUUUCCGGAAAUACGGUCGGUUUUGGAAGCAAAAAAUAUUGUAUUGAUAGCUGUUUUGGUAUACGUUAACUUUCUCAUCUACUUUCAUCCCUGUUUUUGUCGAUUUUUUUGGAGAAAAAGUAAAAAUUUUGGAGAAAAAAAGAAAAAAAGUCCAUUUUUUGGAAAGCGAUUUUUGCAGGUCUUGAAAAUCGGAUUGCUUUGAGAUUUGGAAUAGAUAAUUUAGAGGGACUAACAAUCAGUACUCAAAAAUUUCAGCCUCUGGUUUGCAUGAGUAGUCAAGAUAUUUAACGUUUUCUGCAGGCAUAGGGAAGAACAUCUGUUUUUGAUGAUUUUUCGAUCUAAAAAUCUCGGUAGCCUUUUUAAAAUUUGAGCUAACAAUCUCAAGUAUGUAUGAGAAGAUGGCAAUUUUUAUUUUUCUCAAGUCUUAUCAAAAUCAGCCACAGUAAAUUUUUCCAAAAAUUGCCUUGGUCCCCCCUGACCAUUAAAAGAAUCUCUACAGCUUUUACAGCUACCUCUUCUUUGUCUUCCAAUCCUCUCCUACGUUGGUAUCGUCUUAAUUUCCCCGCAAAACAAGGAAGUCUGCAUGAAAUCCGCUCUAAUUUUGUCCUUGCUUAUCAGACCAAUGGCAAUAGUGCACCUUUGCGCAAUCAAAUUUUACACAACCUUCGUUUCCCAUAAGCCAUUAAGGUGGGCAUUCAAAGUAACGUCUCGCGACAAGCUCAUUUCCGAUUAUUAUGGGAAAUAUGAAAAAUACCCAGAGGCGAUGAGUUGUUUUUCUCCUCUCGAGCACGGUUUUAAUCAUGCUUUUUGUCUUGAGAGCAAAAAUCACGAGAAAUUUUUUGAAUUUUUUUAAUUUUGAGGUUUAAAUCUCGGUGGUUUCUGCAAAGCGCGAACUGAAAAGCAUUGUUUAUGCGUUAAUAAAUUUGUUCUAGAUUUUUUUCCAAGUAAGAUGAAAAUCCGAGAGCCUUCAUAAAAAAAAUUUCAAAAUUUUUGCCUUGGUCCCCCCUUACCUCUCAUAAUUAUCAAUUUUUUGAUCUUUUGAUGUAAAAAUCUCGGCGAUUUCUGCAAAGCGCGAGUUAAAAACCUCACAUGUGUGUCGUAGAUGCCCAUUUUAAAUUUGUAUUAAGUUUCACGAAAAUCUGAGGUACCUUUUUUAAAAAAAUUUCCAAAAUUCCUCCCUUGGUCCCCCUUACCCCCCAAAAUUGUCAAUUUUUUGAUCUUUUGGUGUAAAAAUCUCCGUAAUUUCUGCAAAGCGCGAACUAAACAUCUCACACCUGUCUUGUAAACAUUUAUUUUAAAUUUGCAUUAAGUUUCACUAAAAUCUGAGGUACUUUUUUUUUUAAAUUUCCAAAAAUUCUCCCUUGGUCCCCCCUUACCUCCAAAAAUUUUUGUGUUCGUUUUUUGCAAACCAGACCAAAAAUUGACAAUUACUUUUCUUGCUAAUUCACUAACACGUCCCCACGCAGUAAUUGAGGCUUGAGAACCGGGAUGUUUUUCUUCCUCAAGAGCUUAUCGGAAUUUCAGAUGUUGCCGUCUGAAAUCGAAGUAGGAAGGGAAUUAAAGAGGAGUAAAAUCUGGAAAAUAAGAUCUCCGGGUUGCCGUUUAUUUAUUUGCAAUUCUGUUUUGGAGGCUAAGGAGGAUGUUGCAAGGGAAUUUAGGCCCUUCUCUUCUUCAUUAGGCCAAAAUUGAAUCCCGAAUUUUUGUUGACUUGCUUUUUUUUCAUUUUGGCCUUUGACAAUUUAAGGCAGACUAGAGAUGAGGGCGAGGGGAUUUUUACGUACUUUGUGAGCCAAUUUUUCUAAAGAAAGUUCAAAAAAAUGAUUCUAAUCGAACUGGGCUCAAGAAAUUCUCUGUUUUCGGGUCUUUUCGGUCAAAAAACCACCGAGAUUUCUGCAAAGCGCGAGCUAAAACUCUCGUAAAUGCCUUAGAAAGUUGCAAUUUAAAUUUUUCUGAGGUUAAAAGCCAAGGUGCCCAAAAAAAUUUCAAAAAAUAUCCCCUUGAUCCCCCCUUUUAUCAAACUUUUCAAAAAAGACGCCCGGUACCCUCAAGGCUUAGAUUUUCUUAAAAUUUUGCUCACACAUCAUGCAUAGGCCACACAUCAAUUCUUCAAAGUUUUGGCUCGCGGUUUACUGGGGUAUCCGAGAUAUUGAACGAUCUUUGCGGCCGAGAGAGCACACUAAAUGCGGAGAGCGGUCAAAAAGAAAAAAGUUUUGGCCGUAUUUUUGCCAGUUUCGCGGGGAAAUUUUUGAUUUUUUGUGGAAAGAGCACACUGUAUUAUGGUAGAAAUACGCAUAAACUUUUUUAUGGCAAAAUUCGCAAAAAAAAAUUUUUUUACUUUUUUCCAAUUUUUAAUUAAAAAAUCUCGAUUACUCCGUAUAUCGCCCGAAAAUUGGGAUUUUUUGUUCAUUUUCUCUUCUUUCCAGACUCUACAUUCCUACCUUUUGCAUGUCUACAAUCCUCAAAUACUUUUCAAUCCUUUCCAUUUCCGUAUUCCUCCCGUUUUUCGCCUUCAGUUCCCGUAAACAAUUACAAUUUCGAUUCUCCCAAAUUGUAAUUCAAUUAAAUCCCGGAAUAUUGCGUGUCGCUUUCGCCGAAAAUGUUACGCCAAAAUUCUGCACUCCAGGGUAAUGUAAAGCCGCCAUGAACGGGCCAUAUGACACGGUUGCGUACAGCGGCCGAGACGCCCGCUUUUCGUUCGCUUCCACCGCCCAACGACACCUCUCGCUGACGCCCAUGGUGCGGAAGAGGCCGGUGUUCCAGGUCAACUUCAACCUCAAGGAUCUGCUGCAGGUGGCGAGGUGUGUGAAAAUCGUUUUUAGGGGGUAAAAUACGGCGAUUUUUCUGUUGUAUUAUAUCAAAAAGAAAAUUUAUUUUUGUUAUUAUUUUUCUUAGGAAUUAAAAAAAACGCAAAACCACAGUAAUUUUUCUAGCAAAAAGUAAUCUUUUAUUGUAAAAUACGAACGCUAAAAAUGCUUCUACAUUUUUUUAAAGCCAAAAAUAAUACAAAAAAAUAAGAAAUGUCCAAAAAAUCAAUUUUUUCCGAGCAAACUUUUUUAUCCGCGGAGAUCUUUUUUCAUCUAGCCGCUGCGACUUUGGGGCCCAGCGACGGCUCGGAUCUGCGUUUUUUGCCGCAAAUUUUGUACAAUAACUCAGGGUAAAGAAAACUAACGUUAGUAAUAGCUAAAAUUAUAAAAAAUGGACAUAUCGUAAGUCUUCGACAAGUCUCCGCCGAGCCUUCGCCGAGCGUCCGCCGACCAUCCAAAGGCUUUGCCAGGCCUUGCACUGGCAAAGUACGCUUUCUACAACCUUUUUUUGGGUAUCCACCUGCCCUACGCCUUGUUGAAUCAAAAAUUUUGAGAUCAAAAAUUUCAACAUCUUCCCCUUCAAACCUUGGAGCAAAAUAAAAGAAACCCAAAAAAAAUCGUAAAACCUAAUUGGUCGGCCAAUAAAUCGUGUCCGUGGCCCAAAAAAAAAUCCGUGUCCAAAACUCUCGGGCCCUCGAAGGUUGCACCGAAAAAUCUUUGCCAGCGAACUUUCGCGAAAAACCCCGGCUACCGACAAGGGGUUCAGAAGGCCUCAGAAAAUUUGCUCGGCCUUCUAAAAAAAUUGAGGAGCCCUCAGGCAUCUCGAAAUUCGCCUUCUCCUUUCCCCCAAAUUGCCGGCGGGGCUUUCAAGUCGGCAGCGCAUUUAAAAAAGUUUUAUCGUCGAAAUGCGAAACCUUUCUGGGGCCGGCAGAUUCGGGUCUGAUUCUUUCCUCCUGCUUUCGGUUUUUCUUUCGUUUCCGCUGCGUAGGAAGUUGACCGAAAUUUGUGUUCUAAAUUUUCGACAUGUGGACAAUGUUGGGCUGCGGAUUCUGAGCGGAUUUCUUUUUAUUUUCGAGACUAAAAGAUGGACGAAGAAUUCAGAUGCCGGUUGCCUUUGCUGGGGUAGGUUGGUGAAGCGACGUCUUAGUCGACAAAAAAGGUCAAAAGAUUGUGGUCCAGCUUAAGUUUGGCACCAAAAAAGUAUCAUAGAGACCAAAAUGGCUGAUGUUUUCGUGAUUAUAUAGUCUGUCGGGAAAAUAAUGAGCACUCUGUCGCAUUGAAAAUCGCUGCCGAGAAAAUGAAUUGCGUCGCGGCAAAAUAAAAUUUGCGUUUCACUCAAGCGACGCGAUUGGCGCAGCGACACUGUUGUCAUUAUUUUCCAGACAGGCUGAUAGAAAAAUUACCUCACAUGCCUUAAAAAAUAAUAAUCCAAGUUUGUCGCAAAAUUUCAUUCAAAUUCGACAAUUUUGUUUAAAAAAACUCCCUUGGUCCCCCCUUACCAUAUUUUACAAAAAAAAAAUUUUCUCAAGUCCUCAAAAAAAGCCUCGGCUUCAAUCUAUCCCACAUUUUUGAUCUUUUUAGACCAUCUCAUCCAAAACUAACCCUCUCAAAAAACCUCAUAGCCUCAAGUGUUGCGGCCCAAAAACACCCCCAAAACAUUUCGCAGAGUAUUCAUGAUUUCAUCGGCCCGCUUUUUAAUGGAUUCUCACUCGCACGGAAAUAACCGUACUUUAAUCGGGUCCUGUAAUAUUUGCUUGUCACAUCAUAAACUCUGUCGUUUACAUUUUUUUCAUUGGAUAUAAAUUUCUUGCCAAAAUUAUGCAUGAAAAUCUGUGACAGGAUUAUGCAUGUACGAUCCAAGGGGGUUGGCUUCUUGAGUCGAUUAAUAACUAUUCAAGGAGUGUCGAGUUUCAUGGGCCAAGUGUUCGAAAAUUCCGGCUAAAGAGGUCAUGUUCGUACUUGAACGGAGGGAAAUGUUAAAGAAUGUUCGCUGGAUUUUUUUGAUGACAUUUUUUGCCAUUGGGCAAGUAUAGGGUCCGAAAUCUUUUAGCUAAAAUUUUCAGACCUUGUCUGAAACCUCUUUUCUAUAUUUUUUUAUACCUUGACAGAGUAAGAGCCCAAAAUUCAACGGCUAUCAGAGUUUAGAUCCCUCAAAAAAUCUUAAUUUUAUAAUUUUUCUUUACUUCUUUCAGCCUUUACAUAUCUACAACAUUUCAUUUCUAUUCUCUUUACCUUUAGUCCCAAUCCUUUUAUUUCUUUGUCAACCAUCUGUAAUCACACUUUACACCAUUUCCCUUCCAAUUCCCACCUCUUCGCCUCCUCGCCAUAUUAAUACAUUCCAGUAGCAUUUCCCAAUUUGUUCGUGUCUUUCGAAAAGGUCUAUAAAGCCAUGCACCUGGACGGUGCACCGGUUCGCCGCUAAAAUUGGAUUGGGACGGCGUUGUGGUGGGGACUCCCCGAUAAUGUCAAAUUCGAUAUUCAAAAGAAUGCAGGUGGAAUGGGGUGUCAAGAGUCAUGGGUAAUUAGGUUCCCAGGCCGGCUAACUUCGUUCUACCUGAGAUUUUCGACUUCAUUUGGGUUGUUGGUUAAUUUUGGAAUUGCUGCGGGCAUAAUAUGUUGGUUUGUUUGUCCUGCUGGGCUGUCUGGGGUAUCUUCAAUGAAUUAAAAAAAUGUCGGUUGAUUUUCGAACUUCCAUCAAAAAAGUCUUAAAAAAAUGUCAUAAUGACAGAUUUUACUUCAGAAGUUAUCUCUACCGUCUCUGCAGUCUUGAUCCACCACUAUUUUACGCUUCGUAACACUUCUCACACCUAAACUAACCCCCAGCAAAAAUCCAAUAUCAAGAGGACGAAAUGUCAAUUCCCAAAUCAUCCCAUUUUUUGCAUCAAAUCUUAGAUCUUCGAAUUGGCCGGCUUCCAUGUGCACUUAAAAUGCAAAAACAAUCCCAGAAGUACUUGUUUUUCUUACCUUACGUGCGCCGUUAUUCAAUUAAUUGUGAGAAAAACACACAAAUUUUGCGGCCUGGCAGACGAUAAAUAUAGCAGGUCUUCUGUGGUUAUUAUUGGCGAAAAGUUUGGCGCUCGUGGUAAGUUAGAGUACGGGUCAAAAAGUUUGAGAUGUUGUUUGUUGCGCAAAAUCACUUUUGUGCAAAAAGACAAGGCUUUUUGACAAAAAAAAAUUGGAAUAAAAAAAUAAAAAUGAUAAAAAUAGUUUGUUAUUUAGAGUGUUCGUCACGCAAAAGCUGAUCUUUACAAUAUUUACCCCCAUUUUUAUCAUUUUUUAUAUUAUCCUAGGCACCUAAUGUCCUCUGACGUAGAACCAGGUCAAUAUCUAAAAGUAUAACCACUACUCGGCUCAAUCCGCUUCCCUUCGCUUCUAAUCCCCUCAGGUGGCAAUCUUCCCACUCGCUGCCUUAAUUCCGCUAUUCGUUUUAAUCGAAAAUGUAAGAACGUCCGUAAAUAGUGGCAUAAGUCGGAUUUGCGGAUUAUUUUGACCUAUUCUCCCCGUACCGUACUCCGGAUUGUGUGUUAUGGAGACUACGUUGUAGAGCCUAGAGUAAAGAGGAUUUCUGUUCGAUGGUUUGGGGGCGUUCCCGGGUCGUGUCAAAUCGGGAGAAAGCGGGCCGAGCCCACCAUCAGGUGUCAACUGUAAACAGCUUCCGAGAACCGGGUUGUGGGUCGGUAUAAAACCACCGGCCCGCUGGCUACAUCUUUAGUUAGUCCGUACACAUCCGGGUGUUUCUAUUUUUCCCCAAUACUGCUGUAAAUUCACAAGCUGUUGUUGACUAAACACCUGAGCAAGUUUGGUUUCAAUCUUGCUAAAAGCUAUUGUAAGCGCCUAAAUAGUACUGUAAGAUAUCCACGAGUUGGUGUAAAAAUGUGUGCAAAGGUAUGGUCGCUCCUCAAAUGCACUCGUCGAGGAUUUUGUCGCACACUAACGGGACAUGUCGAGGAUUUUCGACCAAUUCAAUUGGUCAUCCGCAGCACAAGGCAAGGCUUGAACUUUGGGUUGAAAAAGUUGGUAAAACAAGGGAAAAUCUUCUUUAUUAUGCACUAUUAUGGCAUGGUAAGGCCUCUAAAACUCGAGUAAAUGAAGGACAAAAAAAUUUGAUUGAAAGGUUUAAAAAAGCGAACCACUUAUUUUCCGCACUUUUUGGCAAAAACAUCAUUUGAAUAUCUCGGCUAGGCCUGGAAAGGGGAGGUAACAUUGUGAGCGACUCUUUGUAGAGUGUCAAGUGGUCUAUUUAGAGUGUCAAUGCAAAAUUUGAGAAAAAUCGGAAGCCGACAUGAGCGGAAAUUUGAGAUUUUUUGAAAUUUUGUCAUUUCCUUUAGGUUUUUUCGAAUUUUCGUUGAAUAUCUCAACAAUCCUUGUAACGGGCGAGCUAAUAUUUUUAGGACAUCAUGAGUGGUCCAUCUAGAUUGUUUGUGCAAAAUUUGCAGAAUAUUGAUAAAUUCCCCUUAGGGCAAUUUGCCAUUUUUUCCAUUCGCUCAAGUUUUUGGCUUAAAUUUUUUUUCAUGUGUUCAAGUAAUAGCUUGACCUUUUAAAGUCUUACAUUACGUCUUCAAUGUACUCUACGUGACCUUAUAAAGCGCAGACACCAAGUUCGUAAACUUUGGAUUCCUCUUUGGAGAGUAAUCGCAUCUUUUGACCCCCCUUCCUUGUAACAAUUACAUUUCUUUUCGCAUUCCCCCUCUGGGUGUCCCGCAGUUUUAUGUGGGCCAUAAAACGACUUACUUCUUGAUACUUAACCGAAUUUUUGGGACUUAUGAACCCUUUCUUAUCGAAUUUAGCGCACAUUGCCUGAGGGGUUGAGGCUUAAUUGUUGGGAAUGGAAGUCCAACAAUUGGUUUUGGGGGUAAUUUUUGGUUCUGAACCAAUGUUUGUAGGAAAAGGGCGCUAGAAUUGUAAAAAAAUGGGGGAAAUUUAUUGAAAAAUUAAAUAUUUUUUUUAAAUUAAUAUUUUUACUAAAGUACAAAAAAAUUUUUAAUUUUAAAGACUAAUUUUUUUUUAAAUUUUACAUAGUACAGGGUGGGGCAUCUUUGUGGCCCGAUUUGAAUUGGCUAUAACUUCUUUAGUUUUUGGCCAAAUUUUAAAAUUCUUUUUUUCCCUGAAUCGUCAGCCAACCCCAUUUUGUUUGAUACCAAAUAUGUUAUACAUAGUAAGUGUAUAUCUACAGUUAUUGGAUUUAUUCUUGGAGUUCAUUUUUUCGGUCGUUUUUCGGUUGUUUUUUCGGUCUUUCCCGGUGUGUCCGGAAAUGGAGCACGGUAUGGAAGAAAAAUACGGUGGAAUUUACCCUCCCGAAAAUCGACGAUGAGAAUAAGAACAAAAAGUGAAGAUCAACCUCCAGAGUUCGUCGAAUGGUCCAUGGUGAAGGCAUUCCCUCGGUUCUGGCCAAACUUCGUGUACUCAUAUGCGGAUUUUCUCGGAAUUUUGACAAAACUUCUUCAAUUUUCAAUUCCGUUCAUACCCAUCUUUCCUGCUUUUUUUGUUUCCUGUUAACGCUGCCAGUCUCAAGAAACUUAUUCCACGAACGUCGAAUUGUCUUGCGAUCUUGAGGUUAGGCAUUACGUCCGUAUUUUAUGCGGUAUCCCCGUUUGAAAAUUUAUCGCCGAACCGUACUUGCUACACCAAACCACAGACCAAGCCUUUUCUUCCACACCGGACUCCAUUUUCGGACACACCGGGAAAGACCGAAAAAACAACCGAAAAACGACCGAAAAAAUGAACUCUAAGAAUAAAUCCAAUAACUGUAGAUAUACACUUACUAUGUAUAACAUAUUUGGUAUCAAACAAAAUGGGGUUGGCUGACGAUUCAGGGAAAAAAAGAAUUUUAAAAUUUGGCCAAAAACUAAAGAAGUUAUAGUCAAUUCAAAUCGGGCCACAAAGAUGCCCCACCCUGUAAAAAAUGCUUUUUUAAAAACUUGUUUUCCCCCAAAAAUCAACGUUAAUUCUGUAAAAGUAGUAAUUUGACAUUGCAGUAAAUACAUUCGUAGGACUUUGUUGUCGGUUAAGACCAGAUUUUUUUAUGGCCUGGGAACGCUCUAGGCCCAUAAUUUCCGAAGAACGGGUGGGAAGAGAGAGAAAAACCCUGAGGUUAUUUUUUCAUUCAUUUUUUAUUCUUGAGAGUUCGGGUUGAAUUGGAAUUAAUAGAGUUAGAGCUGAAGACGUCAUAAAACUGUGGGUUGCGAGAAACGUAAUUUUAAAUCUUUUUUGGUGGCAUUUUUCGACUUUUCGGGGAUAAACAAGCCAAAAGGGGUUGAUUAACUUGCAAAGAUUUUGGAAAAAAAUUGUGUCAUCUUUUAUCGCUAUAACGUUUCAAAUUUUACAGAAGAAAAUUCAUUUUUUUUGGGGGAACGUGUAAACAAAGCCUUGAAAAAAAUUUUUAUUUAAAAUUUUUUUGAUGUACAACGCUCGGCGAUUUUUCCAAAGCGCUCUAAAAACCUCAAAUAUGUGUUAUAAAAUUCUUUUUCUAACUUUGCGGAAAGUUUCUCGAAAAAACAAAAAAAAAAUUUUUCUUGAAAAAUUUUGCCUUGGUCCCCCCUUACCAUUUUUCCAUUUUUUAAAAAUCGUUCUAUUCUUUUUCUCUUUCUCUAACCAACCACAACUACUCAAAAACAUCAACAAACCGUAUUCCAAGCGGAUUUGGCCCCUUCAAAGUCCGAAAAACAUUAUAUUAAUCAAGGACAAAGAGCUUUUGUAGUUGAAGAAAAUUACAUUUUGAUGUGUUUUUCGCACUUCUAUUUUUGCCUACAGUAAUUUUAAGGCUCUUAAAUGUUUUUAAAAACAGUCAUUCAAUUUUUCAAAAUCAAAUUUGAGCCAAAAAUUAAAGUUUUUAAUUAUGAAGUCAUUCCGCAAUAUGCCUCCGGGCAUUUGCAAGAAUUUUUAUACUUCCUCAAAGACUCAAAAUCACUAAAAUUUAUGGGUCCGAAAGUCUUUUUAAAGCCUCCAUGAUCCCUGAACCGCCGGAAUUGUUUUUCCUCGCUUUAUUGGCAUGUAAUAUUCAACAUAUGCCCAGUCUCUAUGGAUAACCGGCCCGAAAGCUUGUUCAGUAUUCUGUAUUGCGUAGAAUGUGUGCUCUAUUCUUGACGUUCUUGGGAGUUUCGCCGAAAAUCAAGUGGGUUCGAAAAGUAUUUUGAGACGAAAAAUUAUGCAAAUUUAACUGUUAUCUUAGUCAUCUUACCUUUAAAACUUUAAACUUUGGGUAAAAAACAUCGCAGAGACCCUAAAAAUUUGUCUAAUAUUGACUCCUGACUAAAAACUCUCUGAAUUUAAUAAUUAUUCCUCAAUUUUAAUUUUUUGAAAAAUUUGAAUAUUCAAAUUUUAGAUCUUUUUAUUUCCAUAAUAUCCGCGAAAUUUGAUUUGCAAAAUAUUUAUCGAUGAUUAGUAGGUAUUUGGAGAGAAAUCCCCGACUUUUUCCGGUGCAAAAAUGGCGUCAUGGAAUCUGAUUUUGCGUCUCAUCAGACAAUUGGUCCUAAGGCAAGGAAAGGGGCAAAAAAUCGAGAAAAAAAUCAUUAAAAAAUACCGUAAUAGCAAAAAAUACAAUAUUAGGAAACUGUGUUUUAAAAAGCUACAUAAAAAUCGAAAAAAAAAAAUUUUUUAAUUUUUAAAAAAUUCCAAAAAAUACGGCUUAAAAAAAUAGUUAUAUUUCGGUACCACAGUAGCAAAAAUUAAAAAUUUAGGUAUUUUUUGCCCUAAAAGACAGCUUUUUAUUACAUCAAAAAGACACAUGUUACCCAUGAUGACUCUUAAAGGACCAGAAAAGGUAUUUUUUGAACCGAUUUUUUUAUCGGCGUAAUCAGGCAAUUUCGUGGCGGGACUAUCAAGGCAUAGAUGUGUUCUCGAUUUUUGGAAUGGAGAAUAAAAUCUUCAUGGGGAUUUUAAAUGGCCAAUUGGCCCAGAAUCAUUGAUAAACGUGCUGAACAAGGCGCGUAAUUUCAGUAACCCCAUCGAGAAUCCUCAUAUAAGUGAAAAAUUGAUGUUGUACUUGAUGGAGAAUUGCAAAAUCACAUUUUUUCCGUCUUUCAGGACCUAUUUGAAAUUUCAGGCUCCGAAAGGUUAUAAAAGUUGAUUAUUUGAUUUAUCUAUUCGGUGUUUAGUUCAGUUCUUUCUGUUAUCCAGUUUUCUUCAGUUUUAGGUAUCUCCAACAAUAAAUUUCCUUCGAACAAGGGUCAAGCGCUUUAGCAAGCUGAAACACAAUCCGCAGACCAACAAAGUUUUUAUUAAUAAGAUUAGAUGGAAACAGAGAUUCAACUUCGCGGGAAAUUGUCCGUACUGAUUGCUCCGUUCUUGCCAUGGCCAGCAUCGUUGUAUCCAUGGCCAGCGUCGUUGUAUUUUCACGACGUAGCACGAAUCUGAAAUUAAAAGAAAAUUUACAAAACCAAAAGGUCCAGUAGAUAUUUUAGCCCGAAUCUCGAUAUUAUCCAUGACCUCAGUUUAUCUAUUUUUUGUGUUACUAUAGAACUGCAGCUUGUAAAAAAGCAGCAGAAUUGUUACGUGCCAGGUCAACAUCUCACAAAAUUUUGCGCAAGAAAAGCAGAAAAAUAUCCAAAAUUCUAUCUAAAAUUUCUCCCCUCAGGCCCAAUGGAUAAAUUCGUCGAUUGUUUUAUCUAAAAAAUGAACAAAAAAUAAAAUUUCUCACCUGUCCACCAUAUUUCUUUCUCUCGGUCAUCCAUGAAUCCCGGAUCUCAAUCUGUUUUUAUCGAAACCUUCUUUUAGAUACCUAAAAAAGAAAAUUGUAGAAAUGUAUAAAAUUUUAUCAAGGCGGAAAAAGGAGCUCCGGUAAAUCAAGUUGCAAAUAUCAAGAUCAAAAUGUGGUCGUAUUUAGGUUUCCUUGCUACAUAAACAUGCACAGAACCGUUUUCUGGCAUUUCUAAGAGAAAAGAGUCAAAUACAAGCCUAAAAGACAUGAAAUAAACUUACGUAGACGUUUCAGAUGGAGCUCCUGGACAUUUCCCAUCUUAUUGAACAUGUAAAGCAAUGUUUCUGGCCAAUCGGCCAUUUAAAAUUCGCAGGAGAAUUUUAUUCUCCAUUCCAAAAAUCGAGAACACAUCUAUCCCUUGAUGGUCCCGCCACGAAAUUGCCUGAUUACGCCGAUAAAAAAAUCGGUUCAAAAAAUACCUUUUCUGGUCCUUUAAUAAAAAUUUAAUUUUUUGACCAAAGACUCUCUUGUUUCCGAGAUUUCUCAUAAAACAUAUUUCGACGAGACCUGUCAAUUAUUUUUUUAUCAAAAUUUCGAUAGUAGGCGGUUGAUUUGGCACUUUAAAAUUUGAUAAAAUUUUAAAAUAUCAGGGAACAAAGUAAGUUUAAAAAGUUGGUUAAAAAUAUAAAAAUAUAUCAAAAUAGUUACUAGUAGUAGUUUCAAAUUGACAAAACUGAGUGUAAAAUAUAAUAAUUAAUCUAUUUUUUUCAGUGACUCCACCGCGAAAAUGCGCUGUCGCCAAAGGAAGCAGCUUUUCCAACAGAGGAAUCAAUGCUGCGAUUUCUCGUUGGUUCUCGGCCUGGUCGGCCUAAUUCUGGUGGUCAUUGACACGGAGAUUACAGCACUCAACAUUGUUGGAAAGGUAAGUCGUCAUUUCAAUUGCAUCAAAAUAUAAAAAAGGCAUUCUUUGGCAUUUUCCGAAUAAAAAUAUUGAUAGUUUGCAAAGCGCGAUUUAAAAAUUUCGCAGUUGUGUUAUAAUGGCCAAAUCUAAAUUUGCGACAAGAUUCAUCAAAAUUGGAGCUUCAAGCGCUCCAUUAAAAAAAAAAAUUUUUUUUGCCUUGGUCCCCCCUUACCAUACUUUUUCUCGCCGAGCAAAAAUCAAUCUUCACAAAAUUAAAUUUUCAUUUUUCAUUCCAAAUAAUUUUUUCACUGCGUAUUCAAUUCAUUGUGCUCAUUAUUUUCCCGACAAAUAACGCCGCUUCAAUAAAUACAGGGUCUUACAAAAAACGUGAAGGAAAGUGGAAGGCUAUAACUUCCGGCGGAGGCGGUGCAGAGACUUCGUAUUUGAAAUAUGUAUUUUUAAAAGACAUUAGAGCCCCCAAAAAAUCCGACAUUUCCUGGUGAUUUUCAACCGAAAAAGUUCGAAAUUUCUCGAUCAUUUUCAACCGAAAAAACCUGGUUUUCGGGGUAGAGAUGCCUCUACUUCAGAAGGUCGUAGCGACGUCAGCUUGCACUCUAAAAGUUUUUUAUUUCGUAGACAAAAACUUAUGCCUUUUAAAAAUACAUAUUUCAAAUACGAAGUCUCUGCACCGCCUCAGCCGGAAGUUAUAGCCUUCCACUUUCCUUCACGUUUUUUGUAAGACCCUACUUUCGAUUUUUCAGAUGGAAUACCCCUCAAUUGCCCUUCGAUCGCUCGCCCUGAUCUCCACCGCAAUGUUGAUCGGGACCAUCAUCAAUUACCAUCGAAUUGAAGUUAAAAUAGCCCUGAUCGACAGCGGCGCCGAUGAUUGGCGUGUGGCGGUCAGCACCGACCGCCUGAUCAAGCUGAGCAUUGAGAUUUUGAUUUGCAUAAUUUGCCCCUUUCCCGGCAGCGGGAUCGUCAACUGGACGUAUGUCGACGAAGACCAUCAAGUGAGCUCCGUCCCCGUCCCCAUGGACGUCAUCAUGUCCAUCCCGAUGUACCUUCGGGUCUACCUGUUCUGUCGGUUCAUGGUCCUGCAUUCACGGCAGUUCCAAGACGCUGCAACGCGCUCUAUAGCCGCGUUGAACCGGAUUUCCAUGGACUUUUGGUUCGUCGUCAAGACGAUGAUGUCCGAUCAUCCGCUGAGGGUUCUGAUCAUGUUUACUAUGAUUUAUUGGCUGUGCGCGUCGUGGGCUUUCACUCAGUGUGAACGGUAAGUUAUAGAUACACAUUGAAUUUUGAGAUUUUUAGAAAAAAAAAAUCGUAUUUUUUCAAAAAAAAAUCGAAAAAUUCAAACUUUUCUUGUCGUAAUAAGGAACACAGUCAAUUUAACUAUAGAAAAAUCUCGAAUUUCAAUUUUUUCAUUCUGAAAUCCGAGGAUUUCCUGAAUUAAAAAAAAAACUUAUUAAAAAAUUCUGAAACUCUCAACUCUCAGAUUUUCAUCAAACUUUGCAAACACAAUCUAUGUAGAUCACAGAUUUAUUCCUGAAAGUUUCAGCCCAUCCUCUGUAGGUACAGCGGAGAUAUUGAAGAAUCUUUCGCAGGCAAGAGAUUAUGGAAAACGAGGAGAGGCGGUCAGAGAAAGAACUUAAUCGGUCUUUAUCUUUGAAAAUUUUGCGAGUCUAAAAGCAAUCAUAGCUCAAACUUCCAAAGAACGGCUGUAAACAGCUCUUUUCUCUGACCGUCUUUCCUCUUUUUCCAUAGUCUCUCGCUUGCCAAAUAUUGUUCAAUAUCUCGGCUGGGCCUUCAAAGAAUGGGCUGAAAUUUGCAGAGAUUUAUCUGUGGCCCAGGUAGAAAGUCUUGGCAAAAUUUGAAGAAAAUCGACCGGUCGAUUACCGAGCAUUGAGCUUCAAAUUUUCGCUGCUGACCAGAGAUUUUCUUGACAAAAAAAAAAACAAUUUUUUCAUUGUUUUGAUAGUGCACAGAAUUUUUUACAGUGCUUUGGAAAUUUUUUUGAGUAUUUUACAGCACCAAAAAGUCAAUUUUUUUGAUAAUUUAAAAAAAUAUCAAUCUAAAUUUUUCAGCUGGAAACGUCCCUUCGAGCACUACUACAUGAACUCUUUAUGGUUCGUGAUCGUCACCUUCCUCUCCAUUGGCUAUGGAGAUGUGGUUCCGAGGACCUAUGUGGGUCGCGCUCUCGCUGUAUUAACCGGAAUCGUUGGGGCGGGCGUCUCAUCGGCCUUAAUCGCCGUAAUUUCCCGCAAACUCGAGCUUUCCCGCGCCGAAAAGCAUGUCAACAACUUUAUGGCCGACUCGAAAUUGACGAAUCAACGGAAGAAUGCGGCUGCCUCGGUGUUGCAACACACCUGGUUUAUUCAUCGAUAUCAGCGCUCAGCGAACAAAGGCGAUGAUUUGAGGCUGCGACAACAUCAAAGGAAAUUUUUGAAUGCAAUCAAUGACUUUAGGAGGAUCAAAUGGGACCAAAGGAAGCUCCAGGAACGGGGAAAUUCGCUGUUGGAUAUUGGAAAGGUGAGAAAUUGAAUUUUUAGCGAGCUUUUGUGGGAAAAUUAUUGGAGAAAAAAGGCGAAAUUUCAAAAAAAAAAUCAAAAAAAAUUCUAAUUUUUCUCCCAGAAAAAUCGCCAAUGUUGCUUCUAAAAGUCGCGAACACGUUUACUAACCUUCAAAUUCGUCAUGAUAAAGACAAAAACGAUGAGAAAAAAAAGAUUUUCUAGAUUUUCUCUAGCUGAUCUCCUAAAUUUCCAUAGUCUCUCGUCCGCAAAGACCAGUGAAUAUCUCGGGUUUGCUGGCAAAUCAUAAGCUAAAAUUUUUAGCGAUUGAUUUGUGGGCUCCUCAGACCGUGUUGACAAAAUUUUACGAAAAUCGACCGGUCGAAUUUUGAUGAAAUCAAAUUUGAAAAAAAAAUCCAAAAAAUUUUGCAAAAAAUUUUGAGACUACUUUUUCACAUUUGAUUUUUCGCAUUUCAGCUUCACAACGAGAUGCACGAGACCCUGUGGGAGAUGCAUCGCACUCAAGACCAAUUUAUCAGUCAGAUCGACCUGCUCACUCAACGAAUCGGCGACCUUCAGACCGUCAUUCUCGGCCAACAACAGCCCAAUCCCGCGCCGAACGGCACUCUCUCCCCGCAAACUACAGUAACCCAUGCUGCUUAUAGUAGCCCGCCCAGCUCGGCGUACAACAAUUUCCCGCCCAACUCGAGCCAUCCGCCCUUCCAUCAGCCGAAGAUCUCGUCGCCCGCCAACCCGAAGCGAUACAGUGUGCAAGCGACCGCCAUAACGCUACCGGAGCACGUGCUGCAUGUUCAGAGGAGCUCAGUAAGUUUUUUCGAAAAUGGUUUCGUGGAAUUAUUGGCGUAGCAAAAAAUUUUUUAGAAAUUUUUUUUUUGCAAAAAAAGCAAAGGGGGGACCAAGGCAAAAAAUUUUGAAUCCGAGGUACCCCAAAAAAAAUUUUUUUUUCUAAUUUCGCUGAAACUUGAGAAAAAUUAAGAACGCGUUUUCUGAAGGCAUUUUCAGAACUUUCAGCCAGUGAUUUACAAAAAUUUCCGUGAUUUUAAGCUUGGAAAUUCCAAAAAAUUUCGAUUUUUUUUUUGGUUUCCAGCUUUGAAAUUUUAGGAUCUAUGACAAAUGACGUGAACAAUGUUUCCACAAAAAUCAAUCUGCUCAGAGAAAAAUUCGCAAAGCUAUACAGUCAAAAUAAAAAAAAUUGUCUAGCCGACUCUCCUCAUUUCACGUGCUCUCUCGGAAAAAGAACGUUCAAAAUCUCAGCUGUUCUUGCAAACUGCAAGUUAAAAUUUUCAGUGAUUGAUUUGCAUACUAUUCUGAGUGUGUAUACAAAAUUUGGAGAAAAUCAAAAAAUUUCACCUGAAUUUUUUUUUUCAAUUUUCCCCCUUGGUCCCCCCUUACCCACUUUUUCAAGUUCUAAUCCCAAAAUUUUUUCAGGACGCCCCGACCGGCAAUGGCGGUCUUGUGCAUCAGCAUGCCAUCGAGAAACGGGGUACGCUCUCCCAAACGUCCAAUGAAUUGGAGCCGGAGGAAACGGAUAUUUCGGCGUCGUCGCCGCUGAUUACGCGUCAAAACUACUGA